GGAAGAGUGUCAAAAAAGACAAUGUAGAGGGAGUAAAAAAAUAUCUUAACAAUGAUGUUGAUAUAUCAUUACCAAUCUUUGGCAGGUUUGCAUUGACACGUUUUGGUGGUGUGCAUCCAUUUGUUGGUUUUGUGGCAUCGCAAGGAAGCGCCAUGCUGGUGUAUCAGCCGGAUUAUAACACAGUUGGAUUUGUAAAUAUACUCUCCGCAGUAGCGGCAGCCUGGCCGGUAAUUUUGAUUGCAGUGUUGUUGGCUACAAUAAUGGGAUGGAUACUAUGGUUCGCCGACCAGACAGCUGAGGAAAGCGACUUGACUCAAGAACGGGCAAUAUAUGGUGCUUAUGAAGGAUUUUGGUGUUCGUUUAUCACCAUGACGACACUCGGAUAUGGAGAUUACGUUCCUUCAUCUAACCUUGGUAAGGGAUUAAUGAUUAUCUGGAUACUAACAGGUUUAUGCGUGGUCAGCAUUUUUGGUGGUGCUGUAUCAUCUGGCAUGAGCGUGAGUUCACUCGAGAAGAGCUAUAAACUGUAUGGGGCGAAAGUUGCUGCUAUUAAAAACUCGUUUGAAUAUCGAACAGCCAUCCUUCGUAACGCCAUCCUAGAUGACACAAGAAACUAUACUUCUGUACUUGACGUCAUCGAUGCAGUCUCGAGGCAAGAAGUUGAGAUUGGAUUGAUUGAUGCAGUCACAACAAAAGGGUACGAGAAACGUUUGAGCGACAUGAAUGUGAAAAUCUAUAAAAUACUCGACCUGAACAGCGGUUAUGGUGUGGUGUUAUCUGGUGAGUUUAAGAGAGUAGAAACCGACGUCCGAAGUUUCGUUUCAUCUAACCAAGCGGAAAUAUCACUUUUUGUGCAAAGAAAAAUUGGAUUGUUGCAGCCGCAAUUAUUGGAUGUUGAGGAGAUGUUACUGACACCUGAAGAAUCCACUUCACUUGUUUUGAAUAUGAUCAUCGCAUAUUUGAUUCUCUCUUGUGUAUGCGUAAUAAUUUGGUAUGGUUGGAGAACGUAUCGCAGCAGGCGAAAAAUCGCACCUAUGGAACAUUCGUUGGCACGACACAGAGACAUUGUUGGAUGCAAUGAGAUUGGUGAAGAAUUUUCAAAAUCCUUUCGCGAAAAACUAGCUGAGCUUGAUGAGAAGCACACGCAUGAAAAAUUCGAAUUAUUUGUUUUGAAGAGGAGUUACUCUCGACACUUAAGGAGGAUGGGAAAAGUACCCGAAGAAGUGCAAAACAAACCUACUAAAAAGCGGAAAAAAGCCCUUCGAAAAUAUGUCCUUGAUUCAUAAUCGGCUAUGAUUAAACACAUUAACCCGUGUGUGUUGUUUUUUUUGUGUCAGGAGAAAACUAUUCCUGUAAGCUUUGUAUAUACGCAUUUUUUAUUUUCACGUCAUGCACUCGAAGAAAAUGUUUCUGAUGUUAUGUUCAAUGGAUGAUAUUUAGGUUGAAGUUUUUAUGUAUACAACGAUGCCAGAAGAUGUUCUUUAGCAGAUUUGUAGAUAUGCAUCUAUUUUACUUGUGCACUUCGGGAGAUUUAUCCGAUGUAAUAUUAUUAUUGUCAGUGAGAUUGGCUCAUAAAUACUGCAUUUAUCUUAA